UGCGCGGCGAGCGAGUCAACUAAGCCAUUAUCCAUGAACGAGAACGGCGGUGUGCGGCACUGGCACGCCGACGUGAACGGCGUGUCCCUGCACGUAGCCGAGCAGGGCCCCGCCGACGGCCCGGCGGUGCUCCUCCUGCACGGCUUCCCGGAGCUCUGGCUGUCGUGGCGCCACCAGAUGGCCGCGCUCGCCGCACGCGGCUUCCGUGCCCUGGCUCCCGACCUCCGCGGCUUCGGCGACUCUAGCGCCCCGGCUGACCCUGCAGCCUACACCAUCCUCCACGUCGUCGGCGAUGUCGUCGCGCUCCUCGACCACCUCCGCCUCACCAAGGUGGUGGUGGUGGGGCAUGACUUGGGCGGCCAGGCGGCGUGGCAUCUGUGCCUGUUCCGGCCGGACCGGGUGCGCGCCGUCGUCGCGCUGGGGGUGCCGUUCUUCCCACGCUCCCCUGGACCCGUGUCGGAGAUGUUCGCGGCGCGCGGCGAUGGCUUCUACAUCACGCAGUACCAGGAGCCUGGAAGAACUGAAAGAGCAUUCAAUCGGUACGCUGCUGCAACCGUCCUAAAGAAGUUCUACUCAAUCAAAUUUGAUGACCUCACUGCUCCUCCUGGAGUCGAGAUCAUAGACUUUUUGGAAUCAUCAUCAUCCCCACUUCCUUGGAUGACCGAGGAAGAACUGGGUCAGUACGCCGAGAAGUUUCAAAAGUCUGGCUUCACCGGGCCGCUCAACUACUACCGCAUGAUGGACACGAAUUGGAUGCUUACUGCGCCAUGGCAUGGUGCGAAGAUCACGGUGCCUGCAAAGUUUAUCGGGGGUGAGAAGGACACUGGUGUCCAGUCCUUUGGAAUCAAACACUACAUUGAGAGCGGAGCUUUCAAGUUCAGUGUUCCGGAUCUUGAGGUUGCCAUCAUUGAAGGUCACCAUUACCUCCAGCAAGAGCAGGCCGAGAGGGUGAACUCUGAGAUAUUGUCCUUCCUGGACAAGUUAUCUGGCGAGGAGACGCCGAAAUAGCCUUACUAAGAAAUUAGUAAACAUAUGGUGUAUGAGCUGGUUUUGGAUAUGUGAAUCACUUUUCGUGGACUGAAAAUUGGCAAAGCUCGUAGAACUAUAUACUCGAAUAAAUGUGAGAGUUCUAGCUAUAACUAUUUGUUGAGUUGAUCAAAUACAGGAGCUAGCAUGUAAAAUACCAAGUGUUUAAAGCGCGCGAGGUUUGAAGAAGAUGUA